AUGCAGAAUAUAACUAUUCCUACUCUCCCCGUUCCUGGGGACAAUAAUAACAAAACCCCAAAGGGUGAGACAAUAUAUAUUCAUCCUUCUCAACAGUACAAAGCAGAGCCUCAAAAAUCUGCAGCAGAGAGGUACUUUAACAGAACAACUGCUUAUAUGUCAGCACAUCCAUUUGUCUCUUUUCUUGGAUGCUUUGCUGCGGCUUAUGUUGUUGCUGGUGCGUACAAAAACAUUUUCGGUGCCAAAGGAACGCAGUUUUUUAGAGGAGGAUUUGAUUCGAAGAUGAAUACAAAGGAGGCUUUAAGAAUUCUUGAGCUAAAGGAGAGCACGCUGACAAAAUCAAAACUGAAGGAAAAUCAUAGGAGGAUUAUGCUUUUGAACCAUCCGGAUAAGGGCGGCUCUCCCUAUUUAGCCACCAAAGUGAACGAGGCUAAAGAUUACUUAAUGAAGCAUGCUUUGAAGAAGUGA